AUGAUCCGCGGUAUCGGAACAGACAUCCUCCGUAUCGUCCGCCUGCAAGAAUUAUACAAGAAAUACCCCUCUGCCCUACCAAAACGAAUUCUCCGACCGAACGAGCGAAAACAACUGGGGCUAUACAAUCAAGAAGAUAAAACACACAGCACCAAGGCCCUGCUUUACCUAGCCUCAAUCUGGACCGCAAAAGAAGCAGUCUAUAAAGCCUUCACCCCCUCCCGACACCUAACCUGGCAAGACGUCGAACUAAACUACAAACCCUCCGAUCCUUCUCUCAGAUGGACAUCAUCACAAGAUAUUCAUACCAGCCAUGACCAGGGUAGGACGCCGGUGUUGAGGGUUUUCGGGGAGGAUGGGAGGGAAGAUCGGUGGGAGGAGGUACAUGUGAGUUUGAGUUGGGAUGGGGAGUAUGCUGUUGCGUAUGUUGUUAGGGAGGUGGAGGUAGAGAAUAUGACGUGGUCGGGUCCCGUUGAGACGGCGGACGAUCCGGUAGUACCAUAG